UGUCAUUGGUGCAGUGGACUGCACACACAUAAGGAUAAAAGCCCCCUCAGGUGCCCAUGAGGCCGAUUUUGUGAAUAGGAAAUCCUUUCACAGCAUUAAUGUUCAGAUGGUCUGCAAUGCUGACUGUGUGAUCAGCAAUGUUGUGGCAAAAUGGCCUGGCUCAGUCCAUGACUCCAGAAUCUUUCGGGCCUCUGAAAUCUAUCAGUGCCUAUCACAAGGUGAAUUCUCUGGUGUGUUGCUGGGAGACAGGGGGUAUGGCUGCCAGCCUUUUCUCCUGACACCUUUCACAGACCCCCAGGAAGCACAGCAGGCCUACAACCAUGCCAGGACCAGGGCCAGAGUUGAAAUGACCUUUGGCCUCCUGAAGGCACGCUUUCACUGCCUUCACAAAUUAAGGGUCAGCCCUGUUAGGGCAUGUGAUAUUACUGUGGCUUGUGCUGUCCUCCACAAUGUGGCCUGCCUGAGGAAGGAGAGGGCCCCCAGAGUGCCACCAGCCAUGGACUGGGACAAUCCGGCAAUCUUCCCUGAUGACGACAGUGGUCGGCUGCUGAGGGACCAAUAUGUGUUGAAUUAUUUUAGUUAGUAUGUGUGCUUUCAAUUUUGGUUAAAUAUGUCCUGCGGUGGCAGAGGAAUUUGGGUUUUUUUGGGUUCGUUUUUUUACGAAUUUGGCCUCUUAUGAUGUUUGUGCGGUAUACUGUGUGUAAUACAAGGCUGCAGGGAGGCUACUGCAUCCAUUCAUUUGUCUGUUCAGUUGAUGUGUAUGGAUUUGUCCUGCAUUUAUUUUAGUGUGCAGACAUGCAGGGUGUGUUAUAUACAGACCUUUGAAUGUGUAUGUAUCAUUUUGUAUAAUAUGCUUGGAUUCUGUGCUUUCCAUCUUGUAGAGUCACUGUGACUUCAGUUUCGAAAGGAGCUGAUGGUUUACCUGCUUUGUUUUGUCCUUAUUCAAUAAAGGAACAUGAUG